AUGUAAAAUCCUAGUAUCCUGAAUUUGCAAUAAGUGAAAUAGUUUUAAGUUAGAAGACCAUAAAUAACAAAAGGUUCUCCUUUAUUAAAAGGAAACUAGGUUUAGAUAGCAGGUAAAGUGUUGAUAAUUAAAAUAAGCAAACAAUCGUAAUUAAAGCUUAUUAAGUGAUUAACCUUAACAUUUAAAAAUAAAACAAUAAGAAGAAUAAGAACUGUAAUGAUAAAUAACUAUUUAAUUAGAAGUAUACAUAAUCAAUUUGAGAGGAGAAUACAAAAGCAAAACUAAUUUGAUAUAAAAUAAUAAGUAAUAGGUUAUAAAGUACUUUAUAGGAUAAUAUAUUCUAAUUGAAAUUAAAUAAUGAUCAUCAAUUGAAUUAAUUAAAUAUGUAAUUAAUUAAGAAGAAUAAAAUUCUUAGCACUAGACUUCAAUAAUAAUAUAAAGUAUUUAAAUAAUUGCAAAAAGAUAAAUGAAUUAAAUAUGGAGUAGAUAAAUAAAUUACAGGAAACUAAUUAAGCUUAUGAAUUGUAAAUACAUCAAUUGGAAGAGAAAAUAAAAAAACAGAAGUCAAAAAAGAAAUAAUUAAAAGAACAGAUUGAUUAACUCUAAUAAGAAUUGGAUGAAAUGUAAGAGAAAUAUCAAAAUCAUUCUAAUUAAGAUAUGAAUUAAGAGGUAAGCAUUUAUAAUAGUUAAGGGUGAAUAAUAAUAAUAACAAAAUCAUAUUCCUCUAACAAGAUAGCAAUUGUAUUAAUUAAUGCAAUACUUAUACUAAGGAGACUAGUAAUAAAUGGAAAACUUUCAUGAAUACUAAGAUUAAGAAAUAGAUCCAGAUGCUAUGACUUAUGAAUAACUUUUAGAAUUGGAAGAAUAAAUUGGGUAGAAUUACUGAUUAAAUUAGUAAUGUACCAAAAGGAUUAACCAAAUAAUAAAUUAAGUAAUUACCAAAAAGAAUCUUAAAUUAAGAUAAUAUACCUGAAGAUAAGUAAGAAUUAUAUGAUUAUAUAUAGAUGUUCAGUAUGUUUAUUCGAAUUUAAAGAAGAAGAGAAGGUUAGAGAGUUGCCUUGUAAACACAUUUAUCAUUCUAAUUGUAUAAAAAACUGGCUGUAGAAUAAUAAGCAAUGUCCUUUAUGUAAAACAGAAAUCGAAAUCUAAAUAAAUGAAAGUGAUGACUAAGAUAAUUAAUAUAAUUAAUAAGAUGAAUAAGGUGAUUAAGAUGAAAAUUAGGAGGGGCAAGAUCAAUAAUAGUCAGAAAUAGAAUGA